GGGAAACCAUCAUGGCGGAGCUCUGACAAGUGGCUGGCUGCUGAUCUUCGGAGUUGAGACGAGGCUCUUGUACAGCGGGUGUUUACAAAAUGCAGCAUACCGUCCACUGAUUUUGCGCCAAUUGCUGACAUUAUUGCCGUCCUUAUUAUCCAAUGUCGCAACAGAAAAGCGCAACGAUGACGAAAGGACAGAGAUCAACUAAAAACAGCCGAAACCUACGAUAUCUGAACCUGUCGUUCGCCGUAGACACGUCGAGUAAAAAUAAUGGUCGGAGACCUCACGGGGGAUAUAAAGUGUGCCAUGUUGUUGACAAUUAUUCCGAUUCUCAACAAUCACCACCACCACCAGCACCACAGCCAUUGACCCACACCUCCACCUCCACCUCCUCAGGCGUUCCCAACCACCACCCACCUUCCAUAUUGUCUUUCAACAAACCCCCAGAGUAUAUAGAAAGCGUUAAAAAUGAAGUUGCUGCUAAGCAGGAACGUGAGAGAAUGGAACCUGUGGCGUCUCCCUCCUGGAUCCACGGUGUUGCUAGUUCUAGGAACCACACAGGAGAGUUUCCAUUAUUUACGCAUCAUUACUUGUCCAGUAGCAAGAUGGAACAAAUUGACCCAGGUGGGAGUGUUCAUCGUUCGUUAAGCGCAAGCGCCAGAAGUGACAAUGAGUUCUACCGUCCAAAUCGCAUGCAUCAGUAUCUAACAGCAACUGAAAUGCCAGGUGAAUCCGAGAAGGUGGUUGAUAUUAAACUUGGAAGACCAACAAGAACAAGUUUAUUAAGAGCUCGCCAUAGAUCACAGUCUGCGCCAUCAUUGAAUUCCAGCCAACUGGAUAUAAGGCAUCUACAUACAAUUGGUCAAAUUACAGAUUCCGCCAAUAAACCAAAGAAAAAAGUACUGCAAAGAGAUUUACUCCCUCCAACUGGCAGAGAAUCGCUGCAUCAGUUUUUAACCGGGGCUAGAUACAACAGAGCAAGAUGGAUUGAUAAUCAUCCUGCAACAAAAUAUAGUAUGUACAGUGAAUAUGAUUCAGCAAUUAAUCCUGUCCUUAUUUCAACUGUCAUUCCAAAGAAGAAAUUAGCAGAGUUGCCGAGUGUGAAAAAGGUUGCGAAAACGAAUAUUUUAACAGCUGCGAAACUUUUAGAAGGUUGCUGCCUACCGCCCUACGGAAGUGAAGUCUCAUCCAGUUCAGGCUCAAGUACAUCUGGUGAUCAGACUCCUCCAAAGGAAAAAGAAUCCUUGCCUCCUGCUGUCCGGUCAUCUACUCCGGCAUCCUUGAAAGAAAUCACUCAGAUUCUGGAAGUGGAAGCUGAAGAAAGAGCAGCUAACGAAAUUUCAACAACAUUGGGAAAACCCAAAUGCGCAUGGGAUGGUGAAAAAGGUGGUGGUGGUGACAACCUUGCUUCGUUAACUCCACUUAAUACCUCUCGAGAGACAUUCAAUUCUGAUAACAACAACAGCAACAUCAGCAUGCUGACACCGAAAAAAAUCAUGUUGCUACCACCUGAGGAGAAAACCAUCUGCCAACAAUCACAGCAUGAGUUGAAAAGACACCCAGGUAUAGAAGCUACAUGCUUGUUCUGCAGAGCUUCCAACCACGAUGAAAUAAUUGAAUCAAACGGAAAGUGUGAAUCAGUUGAAAAUCAGCAGUAUAUGAACACACAGAAACCAGCUUAUGAAAAUGGUGAACAAAGUAAACAUUGUAUGAGUAUUCAAGGAACCAAAUUGGGCUUUUCCUCAACUAGGCCGAAAAUUACACCACGAAGGAAAAACUUGGAAGGUAAACCAGUAGUGCGUUCUUCCUACCAGCAAGAUGCUGAUCAAAAUCAGAAUGAAGAGACAGAAACAGAGCAGCAGAACAAGAAAGAACCAGAUGAUGAAAUACACAAGGAAAAUGCAGAAAGGACAGAAACUGAAAAUGUGAAAGAUAACAUUGCAGAAAUUGCUAAUAAAGAACUUGUGAAUACUGCUGCUCAAGAUGUUGGGAAUAAUGAUGAUGAAGAUGCUGAUGCUGAUGAAGGUGUAGUUGAGAAUAAUGCUGAUGGUAGUAUUAAUGAUGACAAUGCUCAUGAUGAAAAUGUUGAUGGACUUUCAGUAAACAAUAAAGUUGUUGAGGAAUGCACUGUGAAUACACAGAAAGAGGUAGAGGACACUGAUGCACACGGUGAAACAGUACAACUUGACACAUAUCGUAGUGAGGUCACAGAGACACCUAGAAGCGAGGGAGAGGACAUGAGUGAAGAGAUUUCAGUGUCAGUCACCAUGAAGGACAGGGAACAAAAUGAUGAGGAUUCAAGAAAAAAGAUUGAUGUAGAAGAUGAUGUGCAAGUUGAUGAAGGAGAAGUUGGACAAACAGUGGGAUCAAAUCAUGAUUAAAUUAGAAAAAAACAAAAUUUUGUUAUAAUGUAGAAGCUGUUGAGUUGGUGCUUAAAGCAAAGGUGCUUACACAAAGUAGAUCCCUAAACACGCAAGCGUAAUUAUGAACACAAUUCUUAAAAGCAGAUUACCUAAGCCAUUUUUACUGUGACGAUGAUAGUCUCAGAAGUCAUAGCUACAUCA